ACAAAAACUUUUACGUGCCAAACCAAAAAAAGUAUUUAUUUUCACUUUGAAUACCCAAACAAGAGACAAAAAUGAUGAUGAAGAAACAAUUGAUACUUGGGGUGAUUUUGCUCGGGCUCUUUAUGAUUUUCUUGAACACCACACAAGUCGAAGCAGCUAGACCCGACGGUGAGAUCCGACUCGUGUUUCAGUUGCUACAACGGGGUCAGGUUCCAGGGUCAGGUCCAAACGGUUGCACAAACAUCCCAGGAGGUUCGGGCAGGUGCCGCCCGUGAGCCGUCACGUCAUGCGUCUGUGUUUACAUUUUUAUUAUUUUUUUAAAGGUUAUUAUUAUCAUAGACACAAACCAGUUUUGUGUAUUGGUUCUAU